AAUAAACCGAACAGCCGUCACACUCAAAUUUAGAUCCCACGGUUUCCUUGUGGAAUAAAAAUUGGAUGCGCUAUUCUGUCUCUUCUCGUCGUUAGGGUUUACAACGCAUCUCCUACCGCCGUCGUCGCCGUCGCCGCCGCCGUAUCCGCGGCCUCACCGUCUUGUUCUCGAUCGUCGGCUAAGAAAAGAGAAGUAUCUGAAGAUGAACGAUUAUCAAGAGAUGGAAAGGUUUGAUAUGGAUAAUGACUAUGAAUAUGGUGAGUGGAUUGGUGGUGAGUUUUAUGGUAAGCUCAGGCAGAAACGUGCUCCCCAGACCAAAGAUGAUGUUCUUUAUGGUGUGUUCGCCGAGGGCGACAGCGACUCGGACUCAUAUGGUGGGCUGGGCUCGAAGAAGAAGAGAAGAAAAGAUGCUGGGAAGAAGAUAAUUGACUAUACCAAGCCAGUCAGUUUUAUUUCGACUGGUUCUGUUUUGCCAAAUCGGGAGAUCGAUCAUAAGUCCAAUGAGGAUGAAGCAGAAGAUGAAGAUACCUCCAAACCUGCUGGUUUAGGCGUUGGAGCUUCGGCGGGAAUUGGAUAUGGGGCUACCUCAUCCAAUGCUGGUAUCGAAUCAAAAUCUUUACCUGAUGAAGAUGAAAGUUUCUUGCCUUCUGCUUUUGGGAAGAAGAUCGAGGAAGGUGCCAGAUUGCGACGAGAAAGGGAAAAAGAGAAGUCCAUACAGGCCAAAAAAAAGCCGUUUCAAGCUGCUGCUGAGAGAGAUUCGAAUCAAAAUGGUGUUGGUGAGUUUGAGAAGCAUACAAAAGGUAUCGGAAUGAAGUUGCUUGAAAAGAUGGGCUACAAAGGAGGUGGCCUCGGGAAAAAUCAGCAGGGUAUUAUGGCUCCUAUUGAGGCAAAGAUGCGCCCGAAAAACAUGGGAAUGGGUUUCAAAGACUUUAAAGAAGUUACUGUUGUUCCGCCAUUGCAGGAAUCAGUUGAGAAGUCCUUGCCCCUGCCAAGCUAUGCUGUGAGCAGUCGCUCGAAAGAGAAGCUUUGGUCAAAGAAAGCUUCAAAGAAGAAGGCUUAUGUGACAGCGGAAGAGUUGCUGGCUCAGAAGCAAGAACAAGGUUUUGAAGUUGUUCAGAAGGUAUUCGACAUGAGAGGACCACAGCCCCGGAUACUGGUAAAUUUAGAGAACUUGAAUGCUGAAGAAAAAGCCAGAGAACAAGAUGUUCCUAUGCCGGAACUUCAGCACAAUAUUAAGUUGACAGUUGAUGUGGCUGAGCUUGACAUACAGAAGUUGGAUAAGGAGUUGAGAAACGAGAGAGAGAAAGUGGUUGCUUUACAGGAUGAAAUGAAGAAGCUGCAAAAUGUGGCCAACGAGCAGAAGUUGCAGCUCGAAAACAUGAGAGAAGUAAUGAAUGUGCUUGACCAAAUAGCCCAAAAAGACUCUUCAGGAACAUUGACACUAGACUAUCUUGCAGCAUCAUUCGGGGAUUUGCAGACAAGAUUUUAUGACACAUAUACGUUGCGCAACUUAUCGUGCAUUGCGUGUUCAUACGCCCUGCCAUUAUUCAUAAGAAUAUUUCAGGGAUGGGACCCUCUUCAGAAUCCCACCCAUGGAAUGGAGUCUAUAUCCCAGUGGAAGAAGCUGUUACAAGAGAAAGAAUCAUUUAGUUUCUCCGAUGCAGUCUCGCCAUACGUGCAGCUGCUUAUGGAAGUAGUGCUCCCGGCAGUGAGAAUAUCUGGCACCAACUCUUGGGAAGCUCGGGAUUCUGAGCCCAUGAUUAGGUUUUUGGAAGAUUGGAAAGACCUUUUGCCGUCCCCUGUCCUACAGACCAUACUGACUAAUAUAGUUAUGCCGAAAAUAACAGCUGCUGUCGAUUCUUGGGAUCCUCGUAGAGAAAGAAUUCCUAUUCAUCACUGGAUUCAUCCAUGGCUACCAUUGUUGGGAAACAAGUUAGAGCAUUGCUACCACACUAUUCGAACGAGAUUAGCCAGUGUUCUUCAUGCUUGGCAGCCUAAUGACAUGUCUGCACAUUACAUGUUGUCUCCAUGGAUGAAGGUUUUCGACGCAGCGAGCUGGGAGCUACUAAUGGUAAGGUACAUAAUACCAAAACUGUUGGGGGUGAUGCGCGAACUGCAGAUAAAUCCUGCCAAUCAGAAUCUCGACCAAUUCAAUUGGGUAAUGGCAUGGGCAAACGCUAUUCCUACUCAUCAUAUGCUGCAGUUAAUGGAUGUUUUCUUCGAUAAGUGGCAAGAAGUCUUGUACCAUUGGUUAUGUUCGAAACCUAAUUUUGAGGAAGUCACUAAUUGGUACCUUGGCUGGAAAGAACUUCUCCCCCAGGAACUUCAGGCUAAUGAGCAUGUUCGAUAUAGGCUGAAUGUUGGCCUCGACAUGAUGAACCAGGCUGUCGAAGGCUUGGAGGUGGCCCCCCCAGGGUUGAAAGAGAAUAUUAGUUACCUCAAGGCGCAUGAACAAAGACAGUUUGAGAAUCAGAAGAAAGCAGCCGCUCAAGCUCAGCAACGGGCCUCUCCUGGUAUUGAUAAUGGAAUUCAAGCGGAGAAACUCGGAAGUGCGGCCGAAAUGAGCUUGAAAGAAGUUAUUGAAAUUCAUGCGCAGCACAACGGUCUGCUGUUUCGGCCUAAACCUGGAAGAACACACGACGGGCAUCAAAUAUACGGAUUUGGAAAUAUUAGCAUUAUUAUUGAUUCUCUCAAUCAAAAGGUGUUGGCACAAACGGAGGACAGAUGGACUCUCGUAUCCCUCGAACAGCUGCUGGAGUUGCAUAAUCUUUCUAGGAUGAAGCGAUGAUGAGCAAAUCUUGCGUCACGCGGAUUAACAGAUUUAGGUACCGAUGGCUUCUCUCCCAGUAAUUUUCACUGAUGCUGAUUUAGUGUAAGCACGACAUUUCUCUCGAUUAUUUGGAAAGCUGCAAUCAUCAUCAUCAUCGGGUUUUUGUUCAUUAUAAUAUCAUUUACUGCAAGGUAAUACGCCGUUGAUCGAUGUUAAUGUACAGUACCUGAAGUGCAAUGAACUUGCUAGCUAUUAGGCAAAGCAAUCGGGACUUUCCCAACAAGGAAAGCGUCGGCUGGGCGUUGGUACGAGCAGCAAGAAAGUGUAAUGUUUAUUGCCAAUUCUAAGAUAGUAAAAGUGCAAUUAAUUUUCCAUUAUAUUUGUGUAUCAUAUGAAAGUGUGUGUGUUGAUGACAUGAAACAUGGCACAGUUUUGAAAGAAUCUUUAGACCUCUUGUAAGAAUUAUCACAAAAA